AUGGUGGUUUCCAUACAAGCGUUGAUGUCAAUGCUAGUUGGCAUGGCAGCAGCAUUCGUAUCGGCCAAAAACCCAGCGGACCCGAUCCUGUCUGCAAUUGUAAGUGUGAAGAAUCUGGAUGCCGUGUUUUACGCGUCCAGCGCUACGGACGAGGAAUGGGGAGCGUCGCUAGAAGCCCAGAAGUUGAAAAACGGCGAGAGGCACGCUUCUUACCCACUCGUGUACAGCGCAACGGCACUGGGCGACGAAUACGGCUGCACGUCUAAGGAGAAGCUGUUUGCUGUCAACAGGAGCGGAAACACCUCCACUUCUUCUAGUUUAUCGACCUCAACGAGCGCCAUGCUGCCCGACGAGCCUUUUGUAUUGUUGGUAGAUCGAGGCGGCUGUACUUUUACGGAGAAGGCAUUGCACGCUCAAGAGCUGGGGGCUACUGUGCUUAUUGUCACGGACACUCUCAAAGAGCUCUACAACCGCUUGAAUGUUGUCGGCAUCAGUGAGGAAGGGAGGCAACUGGAAUACAGCUGUUCACGCGGCUCAGGUAAAGUGAAGUCGGAUGCAGAAAUGAAUGACUUCGCGUCUGCCUUAUGGAGAGGCGACGCGGGUGUCCGCUCUUGUGCCGACAGCAGCAAGUGCUCGUCACAUAUGUGUGUACCUUCAGGUGGCGCGAAUAAGCAGGUUUGCUGCGUCUGGGAUAUUCCUGAUAUCAUGGGCUUCGGCACUUCAGAUAUCGUAGCAGGAAAGAGCGCAGUACGUGACAUUGUUGUGGUGCGACUUUCGAUCGCCGACGGCGACUUGCUAAAGAAGAUGCUGACACUCAGUAAUGAGGACAAGAAUGACCGGUUGCUGAUAUCGGUAUACGAGCGGGACUCGCCCCUAAUCGACCCUGCUCAGGUUAUUAUGUGCAUACUUGCUUGCGCGACAGUGCUUAUUGGCUCGUAUCAAGGUGCAGCCUACGAACGCAGGAGGGCACAGCUUAAAGCAGCGCUUAUCGCUGCAGAUGUCACGUCUUCUGACGCGAUUGCUCAAGCUCGGGUUGCAUUUGAGGAGCACGACGAGGAAGUGCCAACGAAAGAGCAGCUUGAUCUGAGCUUUCGGCAUGCACUGGUGUUUUUGGUGCUUGGAUCGGGACUUCUUUUUUUGCUGUUUAUCAUUAAUGCCGUUAUUGUGGUGGUUGUAUUGUUCGGCAUUGGGGCUGUGUUCGUCACGUUUCAGGCUAUCUGGGAGCCCCUUAUGCGGCGCCUCCCGAUUCGACAUUUGCACAGCUUACCGUGGCGUGAUGUUGAAUGGCAGUGGGAAGACGUGUUGGUGCCCGCGGCGUGGAGCAUCAAUAAUUUACUUGCGCUGACGAUGUCGUUCGGAAUCGCGCUCUUCUGGUUUUUCACGCGCUUCCAGUCGUAUUCGUGGGUUCUCCAAGAUGUUUUUGCUGUAUGCUUUUGCCUCAUCUUCUUACGUACAGCACGAGUAGCCAACUUGAAGGUGGCUACGGUUCUACUCGUACUCGUGUUCGUCUACGACGUCUUCACGGUGAUUGUUUCUCCAUAUGUUUUUGACAAGAACGUUAUGAUGAAGGUGGCCACCGGAGGAGCGCAGGGUGCUGCCGAUGGUGGUCCACUUAGCGGUUACUGCCUGCGCUAUCCGAUCGACACAAAACACGACUGUCGCUCCGAAUCGAUGCCGAUCCUACUUCGAGUUCCCAAGAUGCUGGAUUGGAGGGCAGGUUUUUCACUAUUAGGUCUGGGUGACAUUGUACUACCUGGUUUGCUGCUAGUAUUUGGUGCUCGUUAUGACUAUGCUACUCGGGGUCAGCUUUUUGGACGUCCCGUACCUCUUUACGGCAAGAUGUUUGACCAACGCAACGGCGUGUCAGCGGCAACAACUGGGAUGGAUUGGGAUCUUGAUGUGUCUGGAGAGGAGCUUGGGAGUGCUAAGAAGCAUUAUUUGUCCCGCCGCGGACUAUUCUGCAUACUCAUGUGGGGUUACGCGGCCGGUAUAUUAUUGGCAAAUGUCGGCGUUGCCAUCACAAGCAGUGACCACCCAGCGCUGUUGUAUUUGGUGCCAUGCACACUCGGUCUGUUGGCAGUUGUGUCGUGGCGCCGUGGAAUUUUAAAAAAGCUUUGGGAGGGCCCUCCAGAGCUAGUUCCAGGAUACGCUCGACGCGAGAGGUUCGACAACUUUGCCGGUAGUCUAAAUAUUGACGACGCUACGCAGCUACGAGUGCCAGGCAUCGGGUUCGCCAAACCGAAGAUUCACGAUGAGGCCUUACUACAGCAGCAUGAAGGUGCCGCGGACUCACCUGUUUCUGGUGUGUCGUACGAAAUGAGUAAUGACACUCCGACUGGCUACGCUCCUAUGAUGCCCAUCUGCGCUGCGGCAAAUUUAGAUAGCAAGUAG